AUGGCGCAGUGCACGUUGGGCGAUUUGCUGAACGUGCUGCAGUAUCAGUUCGAUCCUUGCCGCACAGCUUGUCCGCUGGUGCACUGCAGUUGCGGAGCGAUUGCAACCGCUAGGACUUUGCGCAAGGGUCGGGCAACAGUGGCUGUCAAAAGAACAGCUACAGGAUGGUGUGCGGCGGAAGAUCCCGCCCGUCACUUUUGGUUCUUUGCUGGAACACCUUCCACUGUGCAAGAGACGCUGGGUGAACACAGCUCCUUCUGCAUGCCGGCACCAGACGCGACGCGACAUCUUUAUUUUGCCCAUCGCUUGCGGACACGUGGUUCCGUCACUUCUCUGAUCCGCAAGUUUGCCCAACCCUUCGAUGCUGAGAAAGCCAUUGCGAGCAGCAACAGGUGCCCCGCAUGGAAGCAGAGGUUUCAAUCAUUCAUUGAUGUUUCUCAUGAUGUAUGCGGUGGAAGUGAGAUUUCCAUUGUGCCAGCCUUGACCGGUGAGUUCUUGUUCCCUUGCUUCGUAGAGCCUGAGGAAACGGGCUCCAGAUUGCCUGACUUGGUGCGUUCCGCAGCAGCCAGGUCUUGCAAGGCUCGCUUCUAUUGCUUUGAUGCGUUGGCCUGCAACAGCGGCGGGAUGUUGCACGAUUCAGCAACAUGGGGGGAUCUCGGCCGUCCACAAGCCUUGCAAGUUGUCAGAAAGCCGGAGGCGCGGCGCCUAGCAGCGGAUCUGAUCAAUGCCAUUGAGGCAAGUGAUGUUGGUGGGGUUCGACGCAUUUUGGCCGAAGGACAAGACGGUCAGCCUUCAGACAUUGCGCAGCCUGUCCAUGAAACCGCUCAGGAUCAUGUGCAUGCGGCCGAUGGUUCCACCGACAACCCAGCGUGUGCGUGUGCUGGUUUAAAACCGCGAAGGGUCAUGAAAGGUAAGACAGGGUGGAAAAAUUGA